AUGAUUUCCCGUGUUUUUGCUCGUAGAUUUGCAUUGACUGCUAGAAGGGCAGCAGCGGCGCCAGUAUCAGGUAAAGAUAUUAGACCACCAAUUGAAUUAUUUGGUAUUGAUGGUACUUAUGCCAACUCCUUAUAUUCUGCCACUUUGCAGGAAUCGGAUAUUGGCCAGACCUAUAGCGCCUUGAAGAAGGUUGAAAAAGUACUCAGUGGCGACCCCAAAUUAGAGCAUGCUUUAACAAACCCGGGCUUAUCCAAAGAGGACAGAAUCGGUAUAAUCAAGUCAGUCAAUAACAGCUUGAAUUUGGACAAAACUACUGCAAACUUUCUUUUGGUCUUAGCUGAGAAUAAUAGAUUAUCCAUCUUCCCAUCCAUCUUCAAAAAAUUCGGUAUGUUGAAUGAUGCACACAAUGGAAUUGUCAAUGCUAAAGUUAUCAGUACUAAACCAUUGGAUGGUAAGAUUUUGAGAAAAUUACAAGCAUCUAUUGGUAACAGUAGCUUUGUUGGACAGGGUAAGACUUUGAAAUUGAACAAUGAAGUAGAUCCAAGUAUCAAAGGUGGUUUGAUUGUUGAAGUUGGUGAUAGAACAGUUGAUGUUUCAAUUGCUGAUAAAGUCAACAAAUUGAACCAGGCCUUGAAAGAAAACGUUUAA